AUGGAACCUGUUCCCUCUACCGAUGACGAGCACCAAGAGCAGCACGACAAUCAUAACAAAUUGAAUCUCUGGCAAGGUGUCGCCUUGCUCACGGCAGACUGCCUUGGUGUUGGCGUUCUUGCCUUGCCAUAUGACGCUUACAAAUUAGGAUGGUCGUUUGGACUUCCUUUUCUCAUCAUCAACUUUCCAAUCAAUUACUUUAGUGGAAAUUACCUGUCUGUAAUCGCAUUGGAUCUGGAGAGAGAUUCAGAUGCACAAGAAGAUGGCGAAAAUGCGACAGAGCUGGAUGAAACAGCCGACAAUGCGGAAUUAGAAAUGCAAGAAAACCAUUCCCAUAAACAAACGUCCAGAAAGACGUACGCAGAAGUUCCAAAAUCACCUUCAGCUGAGGAAUCCAUGGUAGAUGAAGACAUCUUUAACGAUGAAGAUAUUGUUGAAGAUACUUUGGAAGAAGAAGACGAGCCUCCAGUCCAGCCACCGACAUCUUCAACCUAUGAUUUGAUUUCAAUCAGCGACCAAGUGUUUCACGGGCCACACGCAGCCAGACUUGUAGCUCUUCUUUACUACACGAACUUAUUUUUGGUAUUGGGUGACUAUUUGCUUGUGAUGAGCAGAGCGGUGUCUGCGAUGCUGGCGGAUAAGAUCUGCUUGCCCGUUGCCGGCAUAAUAGCAUCUCUCCUCAUGUUUGCAAUAUGUCAACUCAAGACAAUGGCUAAUCUGGGGAGGAAGGUUUCUGUUGUUUCGCUACUUGCUAUGGUCAUUGUACUCGCCCAGUGUCUAUUCCAUCACCGAAUGGGUUCCGCAAUUCCUAUCGAUUUUGCAGAAAGAGAAAAUCCAAGCAUGUGGCAGAAACUAGGUGCAUUGGCCAGCAUUGCGUUUGCAGUUGGCUCACAGAAGCUCUUCUUGAAUAUUCGCCAUGAGCUGAAGGAUAGAAAACAAGCAUCAACGACCUUGGGAUGGUCACUCACUUCGUAUGGAGCUACAUAUUUGCUUGUCAUUCUGUUUGCUGGGCCACACCCGCCAUCGUUUCUCUUUGACGCCAUUCCUGAAGGAAUAAGCAGACGGAUAGCUGGGCUUCUGCUGUGGGGUCACGUUGCUGUGAGUUAUGCCAUCAAUUGUCAGGCUCUUUGCUCUUCGAUUGAUAGGGCCCUGGUGUUGCGGUUUCCCGUCACAUCGGAUGACUCUUCGAAACGUUGGCUUGGCCUCACAUUGUCAGUAUGUGUAUCAUCAUACUUGGUGGCCAACGCAAUUCCGUUCUUCAAAGAUUUGGUCGCCCUCAUUGGUGCACUGACAAGUAUACCAUUGACGUUGAUGCUGCCAGCUUUGCUGCAUCAAAAGGCGACAAACCUUCGAUUAUGGCUUCCAAGGGUAGGAGAAUGUUUUCCGCUUGUGGGCUCAUACCCGUUACUCGUUUAUUCGUUGGUCUUUUUCAUCGUUGGACUCCUUGGCGCGCUAUCGUCAAUUGAUCAAGAUUGGCUGAGUCAUGGCAAACCGUUCUCUUGCCGGAGUGGGGAUGCUGCCGAUAGCAUCUUGCCUUCCGAUUGCUAUCCGUAA